GUAAACUUGGGUGGAAUUCUUUCGGGAAUAAAACAAGUUUUCAACUUCUUUGAUACCCUGGAGAAAAAUGCACAACAAGAACAAAUACUGGACGUCGUAAAUCAGAUCAAUGACGAACUGGACGGUGUCAAUAGCAAACUUGACGAGCAAGGCAUUACGAACGACUUGAACCACCAAGUGCAGAUCACAGCUACAAAGUUCUCUGAAUCUUUGACUAAGCUCGUUAAUUUGAACAGGAUAAUGAAGACUUUGUAUGUAGAUUCCAACGGAACAUUUCAGCCCGAGGUGGACGCGCAAGACCUGGCAGAUACUGUGUUGCAACUAGACUCAGAAGGCAUGAAUCAGAUUCUGUUCAACAUGUACGAUAUGGUCAUGGGAUCCAGACAUGGGAUAGAAACGAAAUCUAUCAUUGAAACGAUGGAGGCUGUAUUUUGGCACCAGAAGCUUGAGAAUUCCAUGUACCUGGCCAAGAUGGAGACCACCAGUGAAUUUGUGAUGGAAAGUCAGGUCAUGGGAUACGGACUAUGGAUCUUCGCCCUCAAACUGACAGGGAGAGCAGACGAAAUUGAUCGGAUCAUGAGACGGGCGCGCAGCACUUUGAGUGAACAAAUGUGCUUCUUGGCUCCUUUCUUCUAUGGGUGGCCGGCAGCCACAUACGGCCUUCCGAUGACCACCGAAGGGUGUCCAUCUGGGACCAGUGUCGUAUGGGAGAAGGGUCAGUGCGAACAUCGGAGAAGUAGCAGUUUCAAAUGGCCAACAGAUGGUCAGCUGCACUUCAAUGGAAGUUUCACCAGCAAUAAGCUGUCCAGAGGAUUUUGUGUUAAGACAAAUUCCAGCAGUGGUGAGAACAGCUGGCCACCAGGACGCUUUUGUGUCCUGAAAAAUGGCUCUUGCCCCUUGGGCCUCAAGUGGGGAAAGCUUGGAUUCCCUGGGGGUAGCCAGAGUGGAGCUGUUCCGGACGGAAGCGUAACCAGUGACACCAUAGAGGUUGAGUACUGCUGCCAGGAAGAUGGCGUCGCCUCCAGUCCCAUCGCCUUACCACCCAGACGCUCGUUUUACCUGCUCCGGCUUGGGGGAGCGUGCCAGCAGGUUGCUGGAAUGAAUGUCCGUGAGGAAUGGAUUGAGUACAGGGGUAACGGUUACCGAGCUGGAGUGACCCCAGAUGAUGAUGGCGAUGACAACAGCCACAAAAUCUACUACUGCUUCUACAGCGUACCCGGUUCUACCGUCCCAGCUACACCGAUUGUCUCAGCUGCCGUGCCACACACAGCUACGCUCAGCUUUGUUACAUGUACCAUCAUCAGUUGCGUAGCUGCUCUUUGGUUUUUGUGAGGUUUGCCAUGUCAGAAAAAAAUCAUUAAAAUUCUUAACCACUAAAAGACCAGCAUUUUUCAAUAAAAUCAGAAUUUUUUUGACAGAAUCUGUUUAAUUGGCAACCUGUGAAAACGACUUAUGGCCACCUUCAAAGAAAAUAUGGUAACUUAUUCAUGAAAACUUUGCAAUCUGACAUUUCACUCUUUUGGAAUUAUGACAAGUAACUGUUACAAUAUUUUCAAUCAUUGACACUUUCAUACUAUUAGAGAGAUAUGUCAAUUGUAGCAUUUUGAUGCAGAUGUAUGCAAAAUUUCAAUCUUAUUACGAGUUGAAAGGGGCAUUCCACUCCCAAAACAAGUGUUAUUUUCUGAUAGAUCUUUUUAUCAACUGAAAUGACUGGUACCCGUUAAAUUUGAACUUGAAAUAUUAGUAUUGUCAAACCAUGCAAGGGCACAGCCCACCCGGUAAAAUUCCGCCCAAAACGCAUGCCUGUGAUUGUGACCUCAAAAUAAACCUGCACAAUUGGAAUGUUCCUAAGGGGAUUUCAAGAAGUCGUUAGCUACAAUAUUCGCCCUGUGCUUAGGCUUCAAUCAACUUGUGGUAAAUUUGACAAAACAAAGUUGAUUCAAGUAUCAUAACUGUUUAUUACAUAAAGGAUUAUAAUACCCACUUCUGGAGUGGUUGAGACUUCACCCAGUUAGACUGAUGAUGGAUAAAAGUUGAAUGAUAAUGUAAACAUACUAACUAAAGACCUGCUAAAAAUGCGCAGAUGAUAGGCAUGCAGUGCUCAGAGUCUUUGUGUGAUAUUUAAUUCCAUUUUUUUUUCGUAAUUCGGUCUGAAAUAAGUUUUAGACCUGGCAAAACUCUUUAUAUUGUCUUGUUAUGAUGAAGUCACGUGUUCAAAACCGUGUGGAGAAAAAAGUGAAGCCAAUCUGAUAUCACUUAAUUGAAUACCUUGAAUGUGAUUGUAUAAUAUAUACCUUAUGAUUGUAUAAUUGUUGAGAUAAUGUAAAUAAAGUAGGAUAGUUAUCAUGGUGUAUUCCCAUAGUGCAAAGUGCAUAGAAAAUACAUAAAAUGUAAAUGAUCUAGUAUUUUGAUGUGCAAGCUAGAGUGGGUACCACUUAUCAAUUUGAAAGUGUCAGUUUAUUUAGAGUGUAGUACUGUAUACUUUGAUCUCUAAGUGUGACAGCCACUUUAUUAUUUGGAGUGUACUGUAGCCACCACUGACCAAAAAAAGCCUGGUCUAAAUAGGGCUCUUAGGGUUUGUUUGUUUGUAUCUGUUAUAUAUUUCCUUUUUACGCAGUUCUUAACAUGUAAGCCAGGUGCUUGAUUAUCAAUAUGUUAACAUUAUUGAUAUGUUCAACAUUGUAUGUAAGUUUUUGUAAUAAAAUUAACGUGCUGGAUUUUGAAAUAAAAAAAAAGUAAUAUGUAGUAACUGUAAUCAUAUAUUUACCUGUAUCCAAAACACAUGUGACGUGGUGAAAUAAAAUUGUUUUAAGUCAAUCUGAUUGUGAAACAGGAACCAUUGAACUCUGUGCGUGCGAUUUAUCAUUUUGACAUGUCAUAAACGUGUCACAAUUUUAUGGGACAUGAAUGAGAGGAUACAAAACUAUAAUUACAGUUUAGCACUUGAAGAAUGUUGAUCUUGGGUGGAUUUUAUGCUAAUCAUAUGACUGUUCACAUACCUUUAUUCAAGAUUGUGUGGUGGAAUAAAAUGUCUACAUCAA